CGGACCUUGCUUGUUAGGGCCCUUUUUAGCUUCCUUGGUCGAAUUUUCUUGCCAGGGACUGUUGACUUGCGCCUAUCAAGACAAUCUCAGCAAGAGACCAGUAUGCACCAGGAUAGGAAGAGUUGAGAGAGUAAAGAGAGAUUUGAGAGAGUUUGAGUCGCCAUGACCUGUUCUUCGUCCAUGGCUUGCUAAAGUAAUAGCAACGGCAGUAAGAGUCAGGCCGUUCGCUACUUGGCGCCGUUGCGGAGAGGUCGGCUAGAUCAGAGUCAUCAGGAGGGAGGGAGCUGAAGACCAUCUAGCUGGCCCAUCUUUGUUCUUCCAUAGCUGCCGCUGCAACCUGCAACUAUGGCUGACGAAGGUGAAGGUGCAACCCAGCCGCCACCGGCAUCCCCUGCUGAAGAGGGAGAAACUGCAGCAGCAGAGCUCGCAGCACCUGCUCAAGAGACAGAGACAGAGUCUGCCCCUGCUCAAGAGAGUUCAGCCGCACCACAGCAGGAGCUCUCGUCUGAAUCGACUCCAGCGCCACCGGAUGCUGAUGCUGCAGCACCACCAACACCACAAACCCCAUCUUCCUCAGUGGCUUCCUCUACCGCCCCGGUGCCACCCCAAACGCCGCCUUCUGCUGCGGCAUCGGUCGAAACAGCAGCAACAUCGGACCAGCCCAAGUCGUCAAAAUCAUCAGCACCCAAAACCGGCCAGAACAAGCCAGCAGCUCCUGCCAAGCCAAAUCAAGCAUUGCCCAAGAUUCCGAGAGGCGGGGCUGGCAAAAAGUCUACGGAUAGUAUUGCCGAAGAUGGGUCUGUGCAUUCAAUGCCAUCCAUAUACGAUCUCGAAUGGCAGCAUACUGUCAAUGCCACCAAAGCCGAAACGUCCUCCAAGCAAGGCACCAAGGGUUUUGCCACUGCCGAAGGUGAUGCCGUCGAUCUCGGGCCCAUGUUUGCCAAGCGCGCCAAGCAAGACUUGAGACAGGUCGAUCAGAGUGUCAACAUUAUGGAGCACAACAACAACAACAGCCAGUUUGAAAGAGAUAGUCUGGAUAGUGCCAGUCAACGAAGUGGUCGAAGUGCAAAGUCCAGAACGUCCGUGGGCCGCAAGAGCCUUGUGGCUCCCGGUCGACCUCACAAAUUUGCGACCAGACCGUCUCACGUCCAAAUUCGAAGAAGUGACCUGAUUACCGACGAGAGCCUCAUUGGUGUCGUCGAAGGUCGCUCGGGUUUCCAACGAAGCCAACAGAGCAGACACAAGGCGGAUGUGUCCAAUGCUGAUGCAAUUGACCCAUCCAAGAAGAAACAGACGGCUCUUGACAGGACCAGGGGAUUGUUUGUCUUCUUGACAAAGGUGUUUAUUGUUAUAGGCUUUAUCGCCUAUGGUGUGUACCUGAAUCUGCGGUUUAAUGAAUUUGCUGCAGCCGAAAAAGCAGGAGAAGCCACCAAGACAAUGUCACAAUUCGUGGAUGAUGGCCGUAGUGGAGAGAUCAAAGUGGAGGAGAUGUCACCGAACAAUAUUGACGUUAUCACACACAAUGGCGAUCAAGUCGAGGUGCACAUGUCCCAUCAUCCGCCAUCCCCGGCUCCACCAGACCUCAUCUUGGGGGAGCUUGCGAGCAUUGUUCUUCGGCACGAGAUUUCCUUGCCAGAAGCACUCAACUACGAUCAUGAAGAUGCCGGGGGCGGCACAGCCAGCACGAUGAUGAGUCCACAGCGGAGGGCGUUGCUUUGGCUGGCACAAUCGGACGCGCUCGCCAUUGCAGAGGAAUCCAGAGACAUUCGCUUCGUGCGGUUGCUCCAAAGAUACUCGCUGGCCGUAUUCUUUUAUUCCGUGGGUGGACACUACCAUCCAGCGGCGCCACGACAGGUCGAGCAGAUUGUGGAGCACGAAGUGACUCGAAUGGAGAGGGAAGUUUCCAACGAUGACGAGAGGGAGCAGCGGGACUACCAAGGUUGGCAGCGCAAGACCAAGUGGAUGUCCGACUUUAGCAUCUGCGAUUGGUACGGAAUCCGCUGCAACGAUGACGACAUGGUCGUGUCACUGAAUCUUACAAUGAACAGCUUGAAAGGACAGCUGCCAAUGAUGGAACUCUUCCAAGCCCUAAGGGACUCCUUAAAGUCCUUUGACGUCAGUCACAAUCAAAUCAGUGGAAGCUUGGACUUGCCGACAGCCCUUAGCAUGAAGCCAUGGGUUCAACUGGAAUAUUUCUAUGUCAACGACAAUCAAAUAACGGGCAGUCCUCCUUUCCAGUGGUUUGACGAGAAUCCCCUGUUGGGCAUCAACAUGGCGAGGAACUUGUUCAGCGGUGAGCUUCCAAACUCUGGCAUUUCUAAUUUGGAAGCUCUCAAAGAGCUCUAUCUUAGCUACAACCUACUUGUUGGGAGUCUACCUCGAAUCUCAAACCUGCCAAGUCUUGAGAUACUGCAUCUGAACAAUAACUUGUUCGUAGGAAGCAUCCCCACAGAGAUAUUCCUUUUGACUUCUUUGGUGGAUUUGGACGUGGGGACAAAUAGUUUGACUGGGUCAAUCUCCAUUGACCUCGCCCUGAUGCAUAACUUGGAGAUCCUUUCCGUCGAAAACAACGCCAUUGGCGGCCACCUGCCAGAUCGCUUCAACACGUUGUCAAACUUAAAGGCAUUGAACGUCAGCAACAAUCUUUUCAGUGGUAUCCUGCCCCGCUCAUUGUCUAGUGUCACCGAUAUUGAGUCCAUUUCGCUCGAGCAAAACAAGUUCUCGGGCAUCUUUCCAACGAGCUACGCCGCCAUGACAAAGCUAGAGUCUUUCUUGAUCCAGCACAAUGAUCUUUAUGGCAGCAUUCCUACUCAGUUUUGCCAUCUCAAGGCCGGCUUUUUCCAUCUUUUGAAAAGCCUCAGUCGACUAGAAGCCGACUGCGUGCGCGAAAUAACUUGCGAUUGUUGCGACACGUGCUACUGAUACCGAUGGAGCUCUUUAUUCCCUGUGUUUCUUGGAGCCACGCCGACUCCAGGAGCGAGGCAGGAUAAAAUAGACACCAGCACGAGAGAGUGCCCCCCCCCGGAGCUGCCCCUAGUCGAUCUUGUCGUGCGAAGCCAAUGAACGGACUUGGCCAUCGAGGAGCCACAAAGAGCUGCUGAACCUUGGUGCCCUGUAAAGGCAUGCUCCUUUUCGUGAAUGAAUUCUUACAUCGAUUUAGAACUUACUAAACUAGUAUUUUUGAUCUGCCAAUCAGCUGCGGAUCACCUCAGGCCAGUGAAACCACACCCAGAUCCUUUAACCGAUUGCCGUGGAUGGGAGGCAAAGCGAGGGAGGAGG